UCGGCAUGGGACGCAUGGAUCGCAGACGCGCGGUCGUAAAGGCUCUGCAUACUCGCGUGUGAAAUUUCGUCUCAAAGUUUUAAAUAGUUCAAAAAAGUUAUGUUAAUAUUUAGAAAAAACAAAUUAAAAGAGUCUGAGUGGUCAUGAAGCACAUUACUGUAAAGUUUUGUAUUUAUUAAAUUAAUAAUCAUAAUUAACACGUAGGUAAUCAAGUAAAAGAAGAUGGGUUUACGUAUUAUCAAGCAUGGCUAUGAUUUUUUAAAAAGCCGGUUCUUUUUGAUAUCAUGGAUCUCAUUAGUUACGUACAUUUUUUACCAUUGUUUUGUUUAUUACAAAAACGAACGACAAUACUAUUAUUUAAGGCGAAUACUGGGGGUCGGUCUAUGCGUAUCCCGUGGUUCAGCGACAGUGUUAAAUAUAUGCUGUGCUCUAGUUUUGCUGCCAUUAUGCAAGAAACUCAAUCAGAUAUUGUAUAGGAUCUUGUGUAGAGCGUGGCCAGGGCUCUUCUUCUUCUGGCUGGAGAGAACAAAGAGUUUUCACAUGACCGUUGCGAUCACUUUGUACUUAUUCGCUGUGAUACAUUCAAUAUCACACUUCAGUAACUUCUGGAACUUUUCCCGGAACUACGAUGAGGUGCGACCCGACAUCAAUUUGGCUUCUUACAAGAAUGAGAACCCUCUUCUCUUGCUGCUGAGCCAACCAGGGUUGACAGGGCUGGCGAUGUUAGCCAUCACGACAACUAUGUGCAUCAUGUCGCUCAGGGUAGUACGGAGGAAACUGUACAACGCUUUCUGGUACACCCACCAGCUUUACCUGCCUUUUAUGGUGCUCCUCAUCAUACAUCCUUUAAGUGGCGUCCUAAAAGAAAACGUAUUGGAAGAGAACGAACCAAUUUAUUAUUCAACUGCAAUAGACGAAGGGAACAAUAGUUCUUAUGUCACUCGUGGACCUAUAUUCGUACCCAUCAAGUCAAAAACGUGGAUGUGGAUGGUGUUCCCGCUCAGCUGUUUCUUCCUGGAUCUCAUUUGGCGUAUAUUCGCCAGAAAUCGAACAGCAGUCGACAUUAUAAAUGUGACUGCUAUGCCCGGACGCAUCAUCAAUUUGAGGAUGAGCUGUCCUCACGAGGAGUUUGACUGCCGACCAGGGCAAUACGUGCUAUUACAAUGUCCUGAUAUUUCCUCAUUAGAAUGGCACCCAUUUACUGUAGUUAAAGUACCCAACCCUGAGGAAAGGAAUUUUGUAGUUUGGAUCAAAGUGAGAGGAGAUUGGACUGAAACUUUAGAGAAUCUAGUCAAUGAAAAAGAAUUUAGCAAACUCAAAAUGUUGGUGGACGGGCCAAUGUGCAGCCCAAUGGAGCGAGCUGCAGGCAGCGGUGUCGCGCUGUGUGUGGCUGCGGGUGUGGGUAUCACGCCGUUUGUACCCCUGCUGGAACACUUACUCAGGGAGCCACGCAGCGAGCUGCCAGGACGGGUACACCUAUUAUGGGUGGUGAGAAGCGAGAGAGAGGUGACGCCGUUAGCAGAACUAGCGACGAAAUGUCUGCGAACUCUGAGAGACUCCAACCGCCCUGAUCGGCUGCAUCUGCAGAUACAUGUCACUAACUCCAGGGCUGGCAAUGCUCCAGCAAACACAAUAGUGAACGAGAAAGGCGUGACAUAUGUGCUGAAUAUAAAAGAAGAUGACAAAAACACAUUAUUGACACCAAAUGUUAAGAAGAAGAUGGCGGUUAACAGAGAGAUGGAUGAUGACAAGUUUAGCUUAGCGAGAGAAUAUCCCCUGCUGGGGUGUCGACUGAACAGAGGCAGGCCUUACUGGGACCAGGUGGUCGGGUACUGGGUGCAUCUGUAUCCCAGACAACAUCUGUCGCUGUAUUGCUGUGGACCAAAGAAACUAGUGAGAAUAUUAAGAAAUAAAUGUAAGGACGUAUCAAACUGUACAAAAACAAAAAUUACAUUCGUUCAUGAACGAUUUUCUUAAGUUCAUACCUAUUUAUACUCAAAUGAAUUAAAAUGCUGCGGUAAAGA